AGCGUCCGGUCCGGCCCGGCCCAGACAGCCGAGCUAGUGGAGUAGACGCCGCGGCGUAGCCGGGAUCCUCCCGGAGGCGCGCGGCGCGAGCCCCUGACAGAACCAUGGCGGGCGAGGAAGACCGCGGAGAUGGGGACCCGGUAUCAGCGGUGACCGUGCGGGUGCAGUACUUGGAGGACACCGACCCCUUCGCAUGUGCCAACUUCCCGGAGCCGCGCCGAGCCCCCACCUGUAGCCUGGACGGGGCGCUGCCCCUGAGUGCGCAGAUACCCGCGCUGCAUCGCCUGUUGGCGGCGCCGCUGAAGCUGGAGGACUGUGCUCUACAAGUGUCUCCCUCUGGAUACUACCUGGACCCUGAGCUUUCUCUGGAAGAGCAGCGCGAGAUGCUGGAGGGCUUCUAUGAAGAGAUCAGCAAAGGGCGAAAGCCUACACUUAUCCUGCGUACUCAACUCUCCGUGAGGGUCAAUGCCAUCUUGGAAAAGUUGUAUGGCUCCAGUGGCCCUGAGCUCCGCCGUUCCCUCUUCUCACUAAAGCAGAUCUUCCAGGAGGACAAGGACCUGGUGCCUGAAUUUGUACACUCAGAGGGGCUGAGUUGCCUGAUCCGUGUGGGUGCUGCUGCCGACCACAACUAUCAGACCUACAUCCUCCGAGCACUAGGCCAGCUGAUGCUUUUUGUGGAUGGGAUGCUAGGGGUGGUGGCCCACAGUGAGACUGUACAGUGGCUGUACACACUGUGUGCCAGCACGUCCCGCUUGGUGGUGAAGACAGCCCUGAAGCUGCUGCUGGUGUUUGUGGAAUACUCUGAGAACAAUGCACCACUGCUUAUCCGUGCUGUCAGUUCUGUGGCCAGCUCUACAGGCUCUCUUCCUUGGGCCAAUCUGGUGUCCAUCCUGGAGGAGAAGAAUGGCACUGACCCUGAGUUGUUGGUGUACACAGUCACCCUCAUCAACAAGACACUGGCAGCACUCCCAGACCAGGACACCUUCUAUGAUGUGACAGAUGCACUGGAGCAGCAAGGCAUGGAGGCCCUGGUCCAGCGCCAUUUGGGCACCUCGGGUACUGAUGUGGACCUGCGCACACAGCUUGUGCUCUAUGAGAAUGCCCUGCGGUUGGAGGAUGGAGACAUCGAUGAAGCCGCUGCAGGUGGAAGGCGGGAACGCAGAAAGCCCUCUUCAGAGGAGGGCAAGAGGAGCCGCCGAUCUCUAGAAGGCGGGAGCUGCCCUUUGCGCUCCACGGAGCCUGGCCCCACAGGCCCUGUCUCUAGCCGCGCAGGCCCCGCCUCACAGACAGGCCCCACCUCCAGCCCCUCAGACCUGGCCUCAACGGUAAUCUCCACCUACUCCACUGGCCCUGCCCUGUCGACAAGCUUGAACUCCAGCCUCUUGGGCCCUGCUUCUGGCCUCCUUACCUCGGUGAACCUCUUUCCUGCCAUCUCUGUGGGGCCAUCAGCCGACAGCUCCAGCGAGAGGAGCAUCUAUAAACUUCACCAAACUGCUCCUGUUUGGGCCCCUGAGAGCCCACCUGUCUCUCAGUCCCCUACUGAGCAGGCAGUGCUGGAAGCCCGGUUCCUGGAGAAUGUGGCAGCAGCAGAAACAGAGAAGCAGGCUGCACUGGCCCAGGGCCGAGCAGAGACACUGGCUGAGGCCAUGCCUGAUGAGGCUGAUGGACACCCAGAUACCCGGGAACUAUGGGGCUCCCCAGAACCAGGCCCUGCACCCAGAUCACCCCAGAGCCCUGCCCCCCGAAGUCUGCUCCGGGCCCAGCGGAGCCUUGAGCCAGAGCCCAAGGAGCCACUGGCUCCACCAAGCCCCAAGGCUGAGCCCAUUCAGGAAUUCCCUAUCCGUGUACCUAAGCUCUGCAUUGGAGACCUGGACUUCUCAGAUUUGGGGGAGGAUGAAGACGAGGACAUGCUGAACAUGGAGGCUGUGGAGGCUGGGAAAGGGGUCCCACCCCCACCGCCCCCACUGCCUGUGCUCUCUGGAGGUGGCCCACCUCCUCCACCCCCACCUCCUCCACCCAUCAAAGGCUCACUCCCACCACCUCCACCUCCCACCACUCCCCUUCCUCCCUCAGCACCCGAUGGUUUAGCCCUCCCCACCAAGAGGAAGACAGUAAAACUCUUCUGGCGGGAGCUAAAGCUGGCUGGGGGUCAUGAAGGCUCUGGGAGCCGCUUUGGGCCCUGCCCCACACUGUGGGCCUCACUGGAACCUGUCUCGGUGGACACAGCCCGGCUGGAACACCUGUUUGAGUCCCGUGCCAAAGAUGUGCUGCCUUCCAAGAAAGCAGGUGAGGGCCGCCGGACAAUGACCACAGUGCUGGACCCCAAGCGCAGCAACGCUAUCAACAUUGGCCUAACCACCCUGCCACCUGUGCAUGUCAUUAAGGCUGCCCUGCUCAACUUUGAUGAGUUUGCUGUCAGCAAGGAUGGCAUUGAGAAACUGCUGACUAUGAUGCCCACGGAAGAGGAGCGGCAGAAGAUUGAGGAGGCCCAGCUGGCCAAUCCUGACAUACCCCUGGGCCCAGCUGAGAAUUUCCUGAUGACCCUUGCCUCCAUUGGGGGCCUGGCCGCACGUCUACAACUCUGGGCCUUCAAGCUGGACUAUGACAGCAUGGAACGGGAAAUCGCAGAGCCGCUAUUUGACCUGAAAGUGGGCAUGGAACAGCUGGUGCAAAAUGCCACCUUCCGCUGUAUCCUGGCCACCCUGUUGGCUGUGGGCAACUUCCUCAACGGUUCCCAGAGCAGCGGCUUUGAGCUGAGCUACCUGGAGAAGGUGUCAGAGGUGAAGGACACAGUGCGCCGACAGUCACUGCUGCACCAUCUCUGUUCCUUGGUUCUCCAGACCCGGCCUGAUUCCUCUGACCUUUACUCAGAAAUACCUGCCCUGACUCGCUGUGCCAAGGUGGACUUUGAGCAGCUGACUGAGAACCUGGGGCAGCUGGAGCGUCGGAGCCGGGCAGCUGAGGAGAGUCUACGGAACUUGGCCAAACACGAGCUGGCCCCAGCCCUACGUGCCCGCCUCACCCACUUCCUGGCCCAGUGUGGCCGCCGUGUUGCCAUGCUGCGGGUAGUACACCGCCGUGUCUGCAACAGGUUCCAUGCCUUCCUGUUGUACCUGGGGUACACGGCCCAGACAGCCCGGGAAGUGCGCAUCAUGCAGUUCUGCCACACGCUGCGUGAGUUUGCACUGGAGUAUCGGACUUGCCGGGAACGGGUGCUACAGCAGCAGCAAAAGCGGGCCACGUACCGUGAGCGCAACAAGACACGGGGCCGCAUGAUCACUGAGGUAGGUACCUUUUCCAGGUUUGGACUGCCACCCCCGUGGUUUCCUUCCCCUGCGCCCAGCUCACCCUUCUCCCCUCUACAGACAGAAAAGUUCUCAGGUGUGGCUGGGGAAGUCCCCAGCAACCCAUCUGUCCCAGUGGCCGUGGGCAGUGGGCCAGGGCGGGGUGAUGCUGACAGUCAUGCCAGCAUGAAGAGUCUGCUGACCAGCAAGCCGGAGGACACCACACAUGGCCGCCGCAGCAGAGGUGGGACCUAUGGCCACUGGGGGCAAUGGGCUUUGGGGUCACCUUAUCCUGACUUCUCUAUCUGGUCUCUCACAGGAAUGGUCCAGAGCACCUCCCCAGUCAUGCCUACAGCAAUGGGGCCCUCCACUGCACCCCCAGAAGAACCCCCAGUCUCCAAUUUACCCAGUGACACUUCAGAUGAGAUCAUGGACCUGCUGGUACAGUCAGUGACCAAGAGCAGUCCUCGUGCCUUAGCUGCUCGGGAGCGCAAGCGGUCCCGUGGCAACCGCAAGUCUUUGAGACGGACGUUGAAGAGCGGGCUCGGAGAGGACCUGGUGCAGGCACUGGGACUGAGCAAGGGUCCUGGCCUGGAGGUGUGAAGGUACUGCCUCUAGGACAUGGACGGGCCUCAGCCUGCAAUGUAAGAGACUAGAGAAUGAGGAGGAAUCAAAGCAGAAUUCUGGGCCUUUUCUCAACCCUAAGGCCACUGUGUGCCCAGUGGACAGUGCCUUGAGCAGUAUUAGCUGUGUGUGCCUGUAUGCAAUUGUGUGUUUGUGUGUGUAUAUGUACUUGUAUGAGCUCCCUGAAUGCAUGGAGUAUAAUAAAGUUUUCCUAGCCAA